UAAAUUUUUAAAUAAAAAUUAAUGAAGAGCAAUAGUGCAAAAUUUAAGGAAAAAUUUAAAUGAUUUAAAAAAAUGUGCGGAAGUACAAAUGUAAAGGGAAGAUAAUGAGACCUUGACACUAUAAAAAAAUUUUCGAUACAAACGACCUUGAAAUAUCUACCGAUUAUUACAGUACGCAAAUUUAAAGGCCAAUUUUAAAUUAAAAAUUUUAUUGUGGGAAUGAACUAUUUAAAAUGGUCAUUUCAGUCUGGGUUGAAAUGGAAAAUUUAAGUCUGGGACCGAACUAUUUAAAAUGGGCAAAUAAGUCUGUAGUUGAACUAUUUAGGAAACUAUUUAGGAUUGAUAAAUUCAGUCUGGGGCUGAAGAGGAAAUUUCAGUCUGUAACUGAACUAUUUAGGACAGGGAAUUUCAGUCUGGACUAA